UUGACCUAUAUUUACACAUGGUCACAUGAGCUAGAACACAUAUCCUUUUGUCUCAUAGCAAGGAGCUGAACAAUGGUCCUAGUAGCUGACCUAGUGUAUCUCCUCAUCUCCCUGUGCUGUGCAAUACCAAGUGCUGCAUCGAUACUCUAUUUUUCGUGUUUUAUGUGGAAUGGACUGGAUCUCCCCAUAGGCAUUGACGGCCAUGCUGACUGGCACACCCCCCCUUUGCUGACUAGCUCCACCCUCUUACACAACGCUCUGUUGCUACUCAUCUUCCCAGUACAACACACCUUCACUCUGCGAGGCCCCCUCAAUACUCUACGACUGAUGGUACCUGAACACUACAGACGUCCAGUCUACUCCCUCAGUGCUGGCCUGGCACUGGGGCUCACCAUGUACCUAUGGCAGCCGAUGCCUCAACCUGUCUGGACCAUCUCAAACACUACUGUUGCUAAUAUCGUCUCAGCUGUGUCGCUGAUCGGGUUCCUAGGAGCACCUAUAGCUAUCAAUAAUAUGGACCCUUUUGGUUUGAACAUCUUUGGUGUGAGGAAGCCUCUUCUAAAACUACUUGGCUGGGAGUCAGGGGGUGGUCCUCUGGGGGAGGCGGGGCUGAUAGAGACAGGUCUGUAUGGACUCGUGAGGAACCCUCAAUACAGUAUGAUAAUGAUGGGAAUAUGGAUCACUCCAACCAUGAGUGUAGGCCACCUCCUCUUGACCUCUGUCUACACACUGUACGUGAUACUAGCUGUGAAAUACUCGGAGGAGCCUGCACUCGUCAGGGAGAUGGGCAAGGCCUACACUGACUACAUGGACAGGACUCCUCCUUAUAUACCAGCUCUCACUAAACACAACAAGUCAAAGAGAACAUGAUAGAACUGUCUUUUAAAUUUCAUUCCAGUCCUAUAGGGAGAAAUCAUGUCAUGGGUUGGUUUAAUGGAUUUUUGUCAAACUUCAAAACUUAUUUUACCAAA